AUGGCGAAUGAGGAUCUGGUGUUUCAUGGAAUGCAAUACUAUCAGGUUACUCUCAAGAGGGAAAUCAUGGGCUUGAGGCGAUUUUUGUCUUUAUUGAGAUGGUGGGAGAAGGGAUGGGGGUAUGCUCCGAACGGGCUGUGUCAUGAUGCACUAAAAACAUUCUUGGUAGCAACUAUGGAGUCGAAGCCAAACAAUUACACAUUUGGUAGUGUCUUGAGUGCAAUUGGUGAUGCUCAGGAUAUUUCUCUGAAAUAUGGCCAAUGA